ACUCUCUCUCCCCCUUCACUUAUUCAAUGAUCUUAUAAUCACGUAUUAGACUCAGAAUGAUUUAAAAAAAAUGAAUAUAUCUGAUAUUUAUUUUACAUCAGGAGAGGCCUGGCUCUUCAUAAAUACCCCCGUCACUCCCCACACUAGCCUUCACCCACUGCCUCUACUUCUAUUCUCUUAUCUCAACACUUUACUCAACAAUUAAUCUUUAGAUCACGCCAUCUCUCAUGGCCAUUAGAAAACCCAGCAAGCUUCCCCAGACUGCAGUUCUGAAACAAAUCCUCAAGAGAUGUUCCAGCUUAGGAAAGAAACAUGGCUAUGACGAUGACGGCCUCCCUCUUGACGUACCAAAAGGCCAUUUUGCCGUGUACGUUGGUGAAAACAGAAGUAGGUAUAUUGUGCCUAUCUCCUUCUUGACUCACCCAGAAUUCCAGUCCCUCCUUCGUCAGGCUGAAGAAGAAUUUGGCUUCGAUCACGAUAUGGGUCUCACCAUUCCUUGUGAGGAAGGUGUUUUCAGGUCCCUAACAUCAAUGCUCAGAUGAAUUAGAGAAAAUAAGAAGCUGGGAACAAUCUGUUUGAUGGCUCUGCCGUGAAGAAGAUGCAUGACCAAGAUGAAGCUAGCAGCAGCUUUUGCUUCUCUUUUUUUUUUAACAUCUCUCUUCAGAGCCAUGUUUUUUCUUGUAAUCAAUUCUUGAUCUGCUUUCUUCUUUCAUUCUUUCCUGUGGUCUCGUUUUGGAACCCUGUUCGGGUUUUUGUGUUUACCAGUGACUCUAACUUUGAACCCAUGUGCAAUAUUUCAUGUGGGUGAAAUCUGUAAAAAGGUUCGAGAUUUUCCUCACAGAGGUUCUAUAAAAUUCUGCAUCCCCUGUGAGAGAAGUUAGUUAUGUCAAUGGAAAAAUGGGAGUUUUUUUUUGCUCA